AUGGGACGGAGUCCGCCCGAUUAUGGAAAAAUAGAAAAGAAGUUUAUUCCGAAUUUUGUCUCGAUUGCCUGCCCUCUACAUCAACUUUUAAAGAAAAACCACCAAUUUGAGUGGAAACAAGAGCAAGAGGAUGUGUUUAAUCGAUUAAAGAACCAAUUAACAGAUGCACCUGUGCUCCGAUACUCCGACUUUGACAAAUCCUUCAUCAUAUAUGCUAAUGCUUCUAGAACUAGUUUGGGCGCCGUGUUGGCCCAGAAAGAUGAUCUUGGAAAAGAAUAUAUGUGUCUCGCCAUUGUGUGGGCUAUUGAAUAUUUUUGCCAUUAUUUUGGCUUGGACCUCUUUUUCGUUAUCACUGAUCAUGCAGCGCUAAAGUGGCUGCAAACUUCGGCAUUAACUGGCCGUAGAGCUCGCUAG